AUGUCGACCCUGAACUCCGAGAACAUCUCAAAGAUCACCGAUGCUGAGAAGAAGAUUACCAACCAGGACAACCCUGUGAAAGGCGGUCCAACUGCACAAGCUCAAGGUCAUGCCGGAGAACAGAUUAACAGCCAAACUCUUCAUGAUAUCACGGAGGGAGAGAAGAAGAUCACUGGCAACGACAGACCAAUGAAGGGUGGUCCCACUGCUACAGCUCAAUCAAUCCUCACGGGUGGCAACCAGCCCCAGACCUCGGAUUCUCAUAGCGGGAAGCUUGACUCCGAGACAAUCUCGAAGAUCACUGCUGCCGAGAAGGACAUCACUGGCGCUGAUCGUCCAGCUGCGGGAGGACCAACAGCAAAGGCUCAGUCUCAUGCUGGUGAGAAUAUCGGUAGUGAGAACCUGCGUGAUAUCACUGAGGGCGAGAAGAAGGUUGCGGGAGGUGACAGAGUGGCUGGCGGUCCUACUGCUACUGCCCAAUCCGAACUUGCCAAGAGCCGAUCCUGA